AUGGAAGAGCUGCAGUUCUUCAACGUUUUCAAUUACUGUUUCGUAUCGCCCACUUAUCUGCACUUCGACCAUCCGACCGGGCGUUACAUUUUUCGCACCAGAAAUGUCUGUUGGAACGUAACGCUGCUAACCGUGAGCGUGGCGAGUAGUUUAGUUUCUGCCAUCAUAAUAAUAUUGGAUCUGCAGGAUUUACUAGGAAACGUUAUGGGAGCAACCACAAUUAUCCACCAUGUGAUGCGGCAACUGAUAAUGGUACCGCUGAUACUGUGGGCAUUGUUUUACAGUCGCACGCUAGUGAACGAUUGUACCUUCGCGUUGAAAAUUGUUCAAGAAAAGUUUACUCUCCUCAAUCGAACGUCAGACCGGCGAAAUGUUUUCAAACUGCUCUGGCUUCAGAUCUCCAUUAUCGCCGUGGUACUUUUCUUGGGGCUUGCCGUUCAAAGUGCCACAGUGUGGCAAAUCAAACGCCUGAGACAAUUUCAUUACAUCUACAACUUAUGGGCAUUCGCAUUUCUGGGAUUCAUCACCCAAAUGCAUCUGAUGCUUGCCCAAUGCUGGACGCUUUUUAUUAGUCACCAUAUCGAAGAUUUAGUGUCGCUAUUGAAAGUCGACCACACGCCAGUAACCCUCACCAAGGUGAUUAGCCUCUGGGAUGAUUUGCAAUGUUUUAAACAGCGCAUUGCGUCCACCUUCGGCAUCAUGAACGUUCUUCAUACGUUGGAUGCAAUGUUAACGUGCGCCGUUGAUACCUACACCACAUUCUAUGUGUAUGAGUUGGGCUUAGGGUUGAAAGGCGCAUUCUUAAACCUGGUAACGAUGCUUCUGUACACCGGAACGUUUUACGCGUUUACCUACGCCCACGAACUUCUUCAGUGUAAGGAGGCGGAACUGAAGAAUGCCCUCAAAUCCAUGCAAUACACAAACAUCACCAAACAAACAAGAGAUCAGAAGGAUUUCUACGAUUUGGUCAAUCUCAAGUUAAUGAUGGAAACACCGAAGAUAACCGCAUGUGGACUUUUCGAAAUAAAUUUGCAAAUAUUUUACAAUGUACGGUGA